CGCGACACGUGUCGCGCGCUGAGUGAAUUGUGACGUGCUGACGUGGCAUAACUUGGGUAUGCAAUGUUUUCUCCACGAAUUUGUAGUUCAGUGACCGAGCAGAGAAAGGAGGAAGCUCUCAGCGAGGCAAAAAGCCAAGAUGCGUCGCUUUAGAGAAGCCGCGUCGCUAGCUCGCAAUCUUCGCGGCUCUCGCUUCCUCGGCCAUUGCAGGAGCUUCUGUUGUUCUCUGCCAGACGCUGCGUCGGUCGAUGAUCUCGAAAACCAAGUACUGGUCGAGGGAAGAGGCUGUUCGAGGACGGCGAUUCUCAACCGGCCUUCGGUUCUCAAUGCUCUCAGUACGGCAAUGGGUGCUAAAUUGCAGAAACUGUAUAAAAACUGGGAAGAUGAUCCGGACAUAGGUUUCGUGAUGAUGAAGGGCAGUGGCAGCAGGGCGUUCUGUGCCGGGGGCGAUAUUGUUGGCCUCUACCAAUUGAUAAAUAGAGGAAAGAUGGAGGACUGCAAGGACUUCUUUGGGACGUUAUAUAGAUUUAUAUACUUUUUAGGUACAUAUUUGAAACCACAUGUGGCUCUGUUAAAUGGCAUCACAAUGGGAGGUGGUGCUGGAGUUUCAAUUCCGGGGACCUUUCGAGUUGCGACUGAUAAAACCGUCUUUGCCACACCGGAGACUCUUAUUGGGUUCCACCCUGAUGCUGGAGCCUCCUUUUACCUCUCACAUUUACCCGGUCAUUUAGGAGAGUAUUUGGCUCUAACAGGAGAGAAACUCACUGGUGUUGAAAUGAUUGCUUGCGGCCUUGCUACGCACUAUACCCUUGAUGCAAGACUUCCCUUAAUAGAAGAACAACUAGGGAAAUUGGUUACAGAUGAUCCAUCAGUGAUUGAGAGUAUGCUGGAAAAAUAUGGAGACCUUGUCUGUCCAGAUAAGAUGAGUGUAAUCCACAAGACAGAGUUGGUGGAUAAAUGUUUUGGUCACGACACAGUUGAAGAGAUUAUUGAUGCCUUGGAAAGCAAAACAGCUGGACUGAAGGAUUCAUGGUGCACUUCCGCCCUUAGGAGACUUAAAGAAGCUUCUCCAUUGAGCUUGAAGGUUUCUUUGAGAUCUAUACGAGAAGGGAGGUUCCAAACACUUGACCAAUGCUUGGCUCGUGAGUAUCGCAUGUCCCUACAAGGAAUUUCUGAGCAGAUUUCUUGCGACUUUUGUGAGGGAGUUCGAGCGCGAAUGGUGGACAAGGACUUAGCACCGAAGUGGGAUCCUCCGAGCUUGGAUAAAGUUUCGGAAGACAUGGUGGAUCAAUAUUUUUCACCUCUCAGUGAACUUGAACCUGAACUCGACCUCCCAACGAAAGUGCGAGAAGCCUUCACCUAAAUUUGGUUACUUCCAUCUAUUUCAUCUCCGAUAAGUUACAUUUGUGAAAUAGCGAUGACUGGUACCUAAACAAGAUUGCCUACAGUGGCAGCUACAAUUAGUUAGAAACCGCCAUUCUCAACUGGAGUAUGGAGGCUUCCCCAAAUUGUCAAGAUCAAUUCUUUGACUUUAGAUUAGACAUGAAUCACCUUGAGUUGCGUGCUAGUUGAGGUUUUAUCUUGUUUUUGGCUAGUGUGAUGGAAAUUGUUGUGUUUCUACUGAUGGUCAAAUCACAUUUGAAUCAUCUUAAGGUCCA